GAGCGGAGCAACGUGUUUCGUCAUCGACGGUCUGGUUGAAUCGUACACGGUUGGAGGCCGGUCGAGUCGAGUCGAACGCGAGUGGAACGCCACGGAAAUAGUACACAGACUGCGUCGAUGAUCGUUUGUCGUGCUAUUACGCAAGCGGUCGUUCUCGGUCUGGGCUUGGUUCAGGUGUAUGCGGGGAUUCCUCGUGGCGCCGUUCGUCUGGCGCACUAUUCGCCCCUCACACGCGCCAGUCGGCCAUGUUCGUGAACUAGCCGAUGACAGAUACGAGAUCUGGCACACUCGAGAAACCUCCUAUGGCAUCCGCGGAAUUCGUCGAGCGCGCAAGGUAAUGAAAUCAAAUUUUAAUUGAACUUGUUUCGAGGUUAUACAGCUUUCGAGAUUAUACUCUGAGGUAUGCUUAGUUUAUUGGUGUACGACAAUGCUUAAGUGCGGUUUUAACAUCACGUUUAUCUUGCGUACAGGAAAUUUAAGAUGCGUACUAAAUACAAUAAAAUAUUCUAUAAGAUAAUAAUUGAAGUAUAUAAGAAAUUCAAUAGCAUUGAGACCUGAAGGUAUUGAUAGGCUCCUUCCUAUAAAAGAGGAGAACGCGCGCUUAAGUCGUUCAAUCGUAGAAGAUACAAUAUAGGUUCCUUCAAGAAAAUAAAUAUGUCGAAUGUAAAAAUCAUCGCGAUAUUAAUCGCAGUUCUUUGUUUGACAAAUCAUUUAGUUUUAAGCGAUUAUUGUUACACCGAUGAUACAGAUCCCUUUAUGCAUUUCGGUUCAUACACACGUAAUCAUAUUGUUCGUGGUGCAAUAACUAAUCCUCACUUGCCAAACUGCAAACUUCUCCAAAUCUGGAUGUUGACUAGACAUUCAAUCAUCAAUAAUACCAAAUAUUGGUCGUCUCAUGUGCACGAACUCUUGCAAAAAUAUCACAACAAUAUCUCCGAGAACUAUGACCUAGGCGGAGUUCAUUUGUGUGCAAAGGACAUUGAAAAGCUGAGACAGUGGAAAAAAUAUGAAUUUCUAGAUGAUGAUAAUCUUAAGCAGUUGAUACAGCAAGAUAAACAGGACAUGUUUUCUCUUGGUAUACGAUUUAAAAAUUAUUUCCCGAAUUUUUUUGAAUAUAAAUCAGUUAAAGCGUUAAAACACCAAUAUCUUUUUAGGGGAAUCCAACAAUUCGGAAUAAAAAAUAGCGUAAAUAGCUUUAUAAAUGGUCUGUUUGGUAAUGUGACGUUCGACAUAAAAAUAAAGAAGAAAGAUAAUUUAUUGCAAUUUCAUAAGAUUUAUAAGCCAUUUUUAAAACACAAGAGUGCAUCACAAUUGAAAGAAUUUCAAAAAUAUAUAAAAUCUGCAGAAUGGAAUGAAAUGCUUCGAAGUAUUAGUGAUCGACUCGGUUUCUCGUCACCGCUUCCUUUUAGCACUAUCAAAUCCUUUUAUCGUACUUGCACGUUCGAGACUAUUUAUUACGGGUCAUCUCCCUGGUGCGCCGUUUUUAGAAAAGAGGAUCUCGAAAAGAUUCAAUACAGCGAAGAUUUGAUGUCUUAUUAUCACUCGGGUUAUGGUCAAAACAUGAGACAAAUGAUUGGAUGUCCAAUGGUAAAGGACCUGUACAAUCAUUUUCGAAAUUUCGAGGAUGGAUACGGCGUAGACGAGCCGAAAGGUAUUUUUUACUUUGCUGAUAUUACCGCGAUUCAACUUUUGUUAUCAACAAUUGGUGCUGCCAAAGAUCCAGAACCAUUGUUAGCUAAAAAUUUCAUCCAAGCGAGAAACAGGAAAUGGUAUCAGGCUCACUUGACGCCGCUCUCUGCGAAUCUAGUGAUUAUGCUGUUUAAAUGUAGUAAAGAAUACAAGGUGAACUUGUACUUAAAUGAAAAACCGUUAGAUAUCGAUUGUUGCGAGCACGGCAUAUGCGAUUGGAAUUUUCUGAGGAACAAACUGGAAGAAACUGUGUUCAACUGUAAAGCGGACAUAUGUCAUGAUUAAUGUACAUGUUAAAUCCUGUUUUAAUAGAUAUAGUAUUUAAUAAUCUAGCAAAAGAUAAGAAUAAAGAUAAGAUAAUAGUGAGGAUAGUAUAUACUUUUGUUAAAAGUUGCGUAGAAGAAAUGACAAUAUGAUAACCUGAACGUGUAUGUUGAAAUCAAUAAAGCUGAUAUGAAGAAUAC